GCUUGCAGUUCUGAGUUCCAGUAUAAGAGCAUCGUCAAAGAAGCUACAAGCUACAACAGACCUGCACUGUGUUUUGGACUGGGAAAAUUCCACUCAUUUGUCUGUAAGAACAUGUCGCCAGGAUUUUUAACAGUAAUGUCUCAGCUGUUCCUGGGCUAUGUCCUGACUCAAAUCAAACUUUCAGAUGCCUUUUCCCUGACAUCGGCAUCUCCUUUUGAUGUAGGUAAUGUAACUGAAAUGCCUUACUGCAGCACAGGGGCUCUCCCACCUCCCCCACCACCUUUUCCUCCCGUGAAACUGGCGUGGAUAAUGAUGAAACCCAUUGAAGAACAACAUCAAGAGACUCUGCUGAGCCUGCCCUCCUUGCCAAUGUAUCCUCAUCUUCUUGGAUGUGAAGAAACAAUUGCUACAGCUGGCCCCACAGUCGAUCCAGUAUCUCAUGAAAUUCCUGUACCGAAAGGUGAAAAGGGAAACAGGGGAAUAAGAGGCAGCACGGGUCUUCCUGGUCCUAUGGGUUUACCUGGUCUCCCAGGACUACCUGGUCCACUGGGGCCUCAAGGAGAAAAGGGUGAUAAGGGUGAAAGAGGAUGGGUGGGUUUACCAGGGACAAGAGGACAGCCUGGACUGAAGCAGGGUCAACGCGGACUUAAGGGCAGUAAUGGUGAACAAGGAGAAAUGGGUAACCAAGGACCCCACGGUGAAAAGGGUUCCAUAGGAUUUCCAGGACCUGUUGGUUGGAAGGGUGAUAGAGGUCCCAUAGGAGCAGAUGGUUUAGCAGGACAAGAAGGCCCAAGAGGAAUACCUGGAAAGAGAGGAUUACCAGCAAUCAAAGGUGACACUGGACCCACAGGAAAUUCUGGAACAGUGGGAGCUCCGGGUGUACGAGGAAUAACAGGACCACCGGGACUUCCAGGACCAAUUCAUAUAGUCCCUGGACCAAAAGGGGACAAAGGCAUUCUUGGUCCAACAGCGAAAUGUCAUUGUGAACAUCUAAAAACAAAUUUACAACAAUCACAUUUUACUGAAAUUCCAGCAAUUUUUAUUGUAAACAAUGAGGAGGAGCUGUCUCAGCUGAAAACUGAAAAUGUGAUGGUUUUGAGAAGGGAUACUCGCAUUCUCUAUAUCUAUAAUAACACAGGAUGGAUAGUGGUGCAGUCUGCUAAGACAGAUUCAUUGAGGUAUUGUGGUGAUGGUAUACUUCAAUCAGAAAAUGGAGAACAGUGUGAUGAUGGGAAUCAGGAAGUAUCUGACAACUGCAUCAACUGUCAGAAGGCUUUUUGUGGGGAUGGCCACAGGCACAUAGGGGUAGAACAAUGCGACCUUCGUGAUUUUGGCCAGCAAACAUGUGCAUCUUACUUGCCAGGAUCCUAUGGGAACUUGAAGUGUGACAGAUAUUGUUAUAUUGAUUCAACAGAUUGCCGGUUUUUUAAGGACUGACAGAAAACCAAGACAUGUUAUAUGAAAGUAUUGUUACCAUGAUUGUAUUAUUAUGGAUAUACCAAGCAUCGGAAAUCGGUAAUGAAAAAUACACAAUUGAUGGAUGUUAGCAUGUUUUAUAUGUUGCAGAUAACCACUUCAUUAGGUAUAAAAAUCUUAAGUCACAAUUUGCCUCAUGCAAACAAAUUAGCUUGUUGUGUAUUGUGUAUCGCAAACUAAUCAAUAAAUGUAGUGUAUUAUAUUUCUUAACAUGGUUAUUUGUCCAUUAUAGGCCUCACAUCUUACAUGCACAUUUUCUGUAUCUGGCUUCCAUGAUUUAAAAAACAGAUCUUGCUUUUUGUGCAUUUUUAAAUAAAGGUUCAGCAUGAUACUUAAACCAAAGCUACCAAUUUAAUUUGCUAACUCUUUGGAAGAUUUUCAAUUUGCUACUUUAAAAGGUCUGAGUGGUAAUAAAUAGCAUUUGUAAUUUAAGUUAAAAAGGGGCAUCGAUUUUCAUCAAUAAGUGGAAGGCUUUUAAAUCUCCUUCAGUUUAAAAUGCUGAUAAGUCACUCCUUAUUCUGCAGAACCUCCAAUUACUCUAAUGCAAGUAGAAUAAGGACAUUUUACUCUACAAAUUGCUUUAACAUACGCUGUAGCUAGUAUUGUGAAAUCCCAGAGCAGCUUUCAGUUGAUUUCUUAAUAUUUAAAUAUUGAUUUAAUAAUUAUUUUAUAAAGACUACAUUUGACUUAAAACAAAUUUCGCAGGUAAUUGUUUCAAAUUCAAUUUAUACAGUACUUACCCUACCUACAUUUUUCCUGUUAGCACUCCACAUACAUAACGCUACAUUAUAUGCAAAGUUAACACUACAGCCAGUCAUGAGAAGGUUUUAGUUUAGGACGAAAACAAGCAAAAUGUAUUGCUUAAACUAUAAUUUAUAAUUUUAAUAAUAAUGGUUAAUAAAGGUGAUAUUCUAGGCAUUCUCUUUUACCUGUUCUUAUGUAUUUUUUGCCAUGACAUUUGCAGAAACUCACCAAAAUAUUUAUCUAAAAAGGCUACAUAAGUCUAAUGUGUAAUAAAUAUACAAUUUAACAGCAUUUGGCAUUUUCCUUAAACAUAAUAUGCAUGCCAGCAUCCUAUCAAGCACUUGCAUAUUAAAAUUUGAAAUUGUAAGGUAUUAUUUUGCAUUCCCUGAUUGACUAUGUUACUGCUGAAAUAAAAUGUACUAAUGUAUUACAAUUUUAAAUAAUAAUAACAAUAAUAACUAUAAUAAUAAAAAUCAAUUCUGAUCUCUGUUGUUCUUUUUUUUAUUACUUUUUAUUUCACAACUGGGAAUAAGUGUCUGAGCUUCUAACAAGUUAACUGUUACCAGAGUCAGAAGCAAAAACGUAUACAUUUCUUAUAAAACCUGACCAGAUAGUCCAUCUACUGUAAGAUCUCUAAGAUUGUGUUUCCAUCAAAAUAAUUGGUGGGUCUGAAUCCUUGGCUUUUUUUUUUUAUUUGGUUAAAAAAAGUAACAUGGUUUUGCUUUCACAGAAGUUGCUGACAAAAUAUACUGAUUAGCCUUCUUUAACCUUGGAGCAAAAAGGAA